GUCCUGUUAGAGGAGAUGGACGCUUAUCAUCACCUCCGACCCGAAUGGGAGAGACGGAGACGGUUGUCGCUGAUCACGUUUUCCCUCAUCGGAGCGCCGGCGUGUGCCCUCCUCAUAAUCGGGGUCUUGAAGGCCGUGCCGUCGCACAUCGUCACCUACGUCAUCUUCGCGGGUGCCCUCCUCGUUCUCUUCUCCCUUCGCUUCCUCGUCCACGCUGUCUAUGCCAAGCGGGACUGCAUCCGGGAAUACGCGAUCGGUGAUGCUCGAAUGUUGGAUGCGAAGUCCUCAAUAGAUGACAAGACAUCCUGGCCUCGCAUUUCCUUCACACGGAUGCGUCUCCUCCGCUAUCACGUCAAACUGAUUUUGAAAAAUCCAUCUGCUGCCCCCGUGCCCUUGCCCCAGAUGCAGCGGAGAUCCAGAGGAAUGGACAGAGAGCUGGGGGUGUGGCACACGCGCACCCUCCCGGUCGUGACCUAUGACGCGCGGCCGCACCAUCGCGGCGGCUGCGUCCUCCCGCCGGUGACGCUGGACGCCUGCGGCCUCCCCAUGGAGAGCGAGUUCAUGCCUCCGCCGUCCUACGAGGAGGCGCUCAAACUCCAGCGGGAAGAGUUGUCGCAACCGUGUGAUAAAGCCACGUGAUAUAUUUUUUCUGUAUUUGUUUGAACAUACACGCCUUGACGGCACUUACGGUUUUCU